CUUUUCUUGCACUUCCAGGAAUCUCUCGCUGAGCUGUUUGAAUCAUAGCCGUUUUUUCUUCUUCUUCUGGCUAUUUAAUUCCGCUUUCUUUAGGACCGUGGAGAAAUCUGAGGAGUGGUAUUUGAUCCCCCGCAGAGCCUGAACAGACCAAGAAGUUAUGCUUUGCACAACUGUAUUGAUCUAAGAAACAGCGAAAAUAAAAGUUUGGGGGAAGAACUGGGUAAGGAGGAGAAGGGGAGAGGUUUGGGGUUCUGGCUGGGAUUUGCGCUCUCCUUUACAGAACAAGGCAAGAGGGCAGGAAAAGGAGACAAAAGGCAGCCAGGCUCUCCAAACAGGAAGACCUUUUAACAUCCAGCUUUUCUUCAAAAUGCUGCAAUUGUUUGCACAAUGAAUUGUACUCAGCUCAGGCUCCAGAGGAACCUCAGCAUCUUCUUCCAAGGAUGCAGAAAAAAAGACAUGCUGGAGAAAGUGAAGAUCCAGAAAGUGGGGACAUUUCUGACUUCUGAAGACCUAAAGGCAUGAAUUAACCAGAGAAUGCCCCCUCUUCUCUCGACCCUUGUUGCUUUUCCUUGCUUCUUCUCAUGGAAGGAAAUGAGUUCUGCCUGGAAGUGAUUUUUUGCAGUUUCCUCUCAUAAGGUUGUAUCCUUCAGGAGUUUUCUUGUCUUUUCUUGCUCCCUGCAACAAUGUGAAGAAGGGCCUUGAGCCCACAGGGCAAAGCCUUGCACUUUUGUUUUUUUGUGCUGAGUUUUGGAGCAAAGUUUGGCUUUAAAGAGGCAAAACUUUCCAGAGGCUCCUUUGAAAGGUGGAAGGAGUGUGCGGCGUGCGCUGCUCUCCAAGGACAUGUGCCUCCAUCACACGUUGGGAGCGAUGGAUAGAAGAUCAUCAUCCCUUGGGAUUUGGGUUCGAAAUGAAAGACAACCCACCCUGUCUGCAUCAAAGAUGACAGCUGAAUGACUUGAUGCAGCCCAGACUUGCAAGCUCUGUUCCCAUGCCUUGUGAGGCUUGGAGCGCAUGAGCCUCCGUAUCCGCAGCAUUUGCCUCAUGUUGGGACCUGCAGAAUGGGGAGCAGCAGUUCAGCCCUGAAAGUUUGCACUGAGCACCAAGGCGGCAUCAACUGGCUCAGCCUCAGUCCAGAUGGGCAGUGGCUCCUGACGGGCAGUGAAGAUGGCACAGCGAGGCUUUGGAGCACAGCCGAUAGCCAAUGCCGGGCCCAUUUUCAAGGGCAUGAAAGCUAUAUCACCGCUUGUCAUUUAGAAAAUGAAGUCGCCUUCACUUGUAGUGCCGAUCAUACGAUCAGAAAGUGGGAUGUGAUGACCGGCCAAUGCUUGGCUGUUUACAGAGGACACACCUCCAUUGUGAACAGGAUCCUGGUUUCCAAAGACUACCUGUUCAGCGGCUCUUAUGACAGGACGGCGCGUUGCUGGAGCGUAGAGAAGGAGAAGCCCAUCCAGGAAUUUCGGGGCCACCGGAACUGCGUCCUGACGUUGGCUCUUUACUCCUCCAAAGAUGUUCUUGAAGACUCAGAAGAGGAAGAACUGGAGGAGGAGACGCUGAGCAAGGACUUCCUUGUGACGGGGAGCACGGACUGCACUGUGAAAGUCUGGUGGGUGUCCAGUGGGCGCUGCCACCAGACCCUACUGGGACACACUGGGGCCGUCUUGUGCCUGAUACUUGAUGCUCCAAACCGGGAGCUCUUUUCCGGCAGCACUGACUACACCGUUCGGACGUGGAACAUCGUGACUGGCGAGCAGCUGAGAGUGUUCAAAGAGCACCAAGGGUCCGUCAUUUGCCUAGAGCUGGUGAAUCGAUGUUUGUAUUCAGGGAGCGCCGACAGGACAGUGAAAUGCUGGUUGGCAGAUACUGGGGAGCGAAUCCGAACCUACAAGGCUCACAAGCACAGCGUUAGUACUUUGAAGUACCAUGCUGGGAUAUUGUUUACAGGAAGCGGGGAUGCUUGCGCUCGAGCUUUUAAUACAAAGACCGGCAUCCUGCAAAGAGUUUUUCGAGGGCACAAACUGGUGAUCAACUGCAUCCAGAUUCACAAUGAAUUAUUGUACACAGCUUCCCACGAUGGCACGCUCAGGAUCUGGGACGUUCGGCAGAUCUACAAGCGGAACAAGCGGCGCUUCAAGGAGAGAUCCAUCCAGGGCAGGCGCUCUCAGAAAGGGACCCUCUCCCGCCUCUUCAACAACAAAGUGGGAUGCAUAGUGCACCAGGAAAACGGAGGGGAGCAGGAGGCGGUCGAACUUGUAUGAUAGAUGGACAAGAGUGGGAGAGAUUAUGAAACCUUCUGUUUACUGCGGAGACUGUGCUGGAACAAUCUGUGACUUCUACAAAUCGUUUCCAACUCAUGGCAAUCCUACUGUGGGUUUUUCUUGGCAAUAUGUGUUCCAAGGGGGUUUGCCUUUGCAUUGUUCUGAGGCAGAGAGAGACUUGCCCAAAGUCACUCAUUAAAUUUCCAUGGCUGAAUGGGAAUGUGAACCCUGGUUUCUAGGGUCUUGGUCCAAUGCUGAAACCAUUACUCCACAUUGGCUCUCGAAAGGCCUCGUCUCACCUGCAGAACUCAUGUAGAUAUUAAUAGGAUAAGCCUACCAGGAAACUUAAUUUAAAUUCCUAUGUUUGCUGCUUGCCUGGCACUGCCAAGCAACUGUUGGAGCUGAGAAAAUUUUAGAUUGCAGCUCCCAGAAUCUCUGAACAGCUGUGGAUUUUGGAAUUGCAAUCCAAACAGUGACGUUUCCAAUUAUGGCAAGUCAGUCACAAGGAAUCCCCAGUGGUGCAAUGGGUUAAA